UUGUGCUCUUACAGGAUGACUUAAGUGAUCCAAACACUACCUGAAUGCUACAAAGACAUCCAUAGAAUGAAUAGAAAAUAAAUGUCUUUAUUGAAUGAAUGUUGCACUCUAAUUUUACAUUCUCCCAACUUCACAAUUAAGAUGAAUUAUUAUUGCUCUUGUAACCUAAGUGUGUGUACAUGCGGAGCUGCCUCCUUCCAUAUACGUGACAUUUUCAGUAAUGAUUGGAGUUGCCUUUGGCUUCUCAUAAGGCAAACCUCAGCUUUCUGGAAAACACUGCUGGCGCGUAUGAUUUAGUUGAAAACCAACUUGACUAAGCUGGUGCGAAAAUUAAAGCUCUGCCCAUUUCAAUAUAACAUAAUAAAAGGAAAACACAUAAGUAUGCAUAAAACAAUUAACACCACGUCUGGCGCUAGAAUUGCUGAAUAGGUUGGAAGUUGGACAUUUCCACUUUGCCUGGCAUGGUUUCAGUGUACACUGUAAGAAUAACAGCUUUCAUGUUUGAUUAAUACAAGUAUUAUUAAUUAGCCGGCCCAGUUGCCAAGCCAGAAGAGACCUAUCUGAAAUACAGUGAUUUUGCUGAACUAUAAACAGAACCAACUAAACUUUGCUUUGAUGACUAAAACAAUACCUACUUGGCUAAAGCAGGAGUGAAACAAUUCUGAAGUGCCCGUGUCUAAUCCACAUUCUCUGUGUGUCGCUGAAAACUCUACCGAAGAUCAUCAGAACAUGUUAAAAGCCAGUCUUCAGGGUGUUGGAUCAGGGAACCUAAAAUUUGUGGCUCUUUUUAACCCUGAAGGGCUUAUGAGUUCCAUUUAAUUCAGUGGUCUUAGAAAACAGAAUCAAGAUCGGUUUUCAGGGGAAUGAGGAACAUGUGUAUUGAAGACGGUCUGAACUGAUGAUUGCCAUUUUCAGACAUUGAGCAGGCAGUAUUUGCAUGUACUGUGCACUUCUCUUUGUAGGUUAAUCAGACUCAGAGACCAUGCCACUGAUAUUGGUGUGCCCUUGUAUUUGAAAGGCAGGUGUGAGUGGCUAGUUAUUCACUGAAGGUUCUAGUAGCCUAAGCCUCCAGCACAGAGCUUUUCAAAACAUGGGUCCUAGAAUAGCAGCCACAGGCUUACCUGGGAACUCACCUGAAAUGCAGAUUCUCAGGCACCACCUCAGGCACUGGGAUAACUCUAUGACUAGUCUGGGGAAUCUGCAUCUUAGGCGUUCCAGGCAAUUUGAGAACCACUGCCUCCGUAUGAGUCACCAUCAUUUUUUGAUUUAUUUUCAGAAAGUUAAACCUUCACCAUUUAGCUGAGGUGCCGCGGAAUAGAAAGUUUAGCCACAAACAGAAAAGUCCCCGUUGAUGGCAGAUUGACUCGCUCCGUGGAAUCUCUGCAAGCCAUUUCAAAAUAUGGAAAAUUGGGCUCUGAAACAUUGUGAUGUUGGUGUUGGCAACCCGUCCUGCUGAUCUGCAGAGAAAUACGGGGUCUUCCUGCUGUUUCCUUUCUCCUGAAUUCUUUUCUGGCCUCUUGGAAAGGUUCCCUUGAGGCAGGCCUUAAAAUAUCAACCCCUCCGUGCAAAUGAGUUGUUUACCCUCCCGAUCAUUCGUUAGAAAGCAUUGAAUUUUGCUGAAUCAGCGGUAAUUGCUUUGGACACGCAUACACAUCUAACAGUGUACUCUGUGGGUCCUGUCCAUUUGAGACCUGCCCGUCAGGGAUUGCCUGGUAUCAGUGACUGUCUACUGCUGGAUUUCCUGCUCGCCUUCCUGUCAUGUCUAACGAAGUAGAAACAAGCACAAGCAACGGUCAGCCUGACCAACAGGCUGCCCCAAAAGCACCAUCAAAGAAGGAGAAGAAGAAAGGUUCUGAAAAGACAGACGAGUACCUGUUGGCCAGGUUCAAAGGUGAUGGUGUAAAAUACAAGGCCAAGCUAAUCGGUAUUGAUGAUGUACCUGAUGCUCGAGGAGACAAAAUGAGUCAGGAUUCUAUGAUGAAACUCAAGGGAAUGGCAGCAGCUGGUCGCUCUCAGGGACAACACAAGCAAAGAAUCUGGGUCAACAUUUCCUUGUCUGGCAUAAAAAUUAUUGACGAGAAAACUGGGGUAAUUGAGCAUGAGCAUCCAGUAAAUAAGAUUUCCUUCAUUGCUCGUGAUGUGACAGACAACAGAGCAUUUGGUUAUGUGUGUGGAGGAGAAGGCCAACAUCAAUUUUUUGCUAUAAAAACAGGGCAACAGGCUGAACCGUUAGUCGUCGAUCUUAAAGACCUUUUUCAAGUUAUCUAUAAUGUAAAGAAAAAGGAAGAAGAUAAGAAAAAGGUUGAAGAAGCCAACAAAGCAGAAGAGAAUGGGAGUGAGGCCCUAAUGACCCUUGAUGAUCAAGCUAACAAAUUGAAGCUGGGUGUUGACCAGAUGGAUUUGUUUGGGGACAUGUCUACACCUCCUGACCUAAAUAGUCCAACAGAGAGCAAAGAUAUCCUGUUAGUGGAUCUAAACUCUGAAAUCGACACCAAUCAGAACUCUUUAAGAGAAAAUCCAUUCUUAACAAAUGGAGUCACCUCCUGUUCUCUCCCUCGACCAAAGCCUCAGGCGUCCUUCUUGCCUGAGAAUGCCUUUUCUGCCAAUCUCAACUUCUUUCCCACCCCUAAUCCCGAUCCUUUCCGUGAUGAUCCUUUUGCACAGCCAGACCAAUCGACACCCUCUUCGUUUGAUUCUCUCACAUCUCCAGAUCAGAAGAAAGCGAGUCUGAGUAGCUCGUCUACUCCACAGAGUAAAGGGCCCCUGAACGGUGAUACUGAUUACUUUGGUCAGCAAUUUGACCAGCUCUCUAACCGGACUGGCAAACCGGAAGCUCAGGGAGGCCCAUGGCCCUACCCAAGUUCGCAAACCCAGCAAACAGUGAGAACUCAAAAUGGGGUAUCUGAAAGAGAACAGAACGGCUUCCAUAUCAAAUCUUCCCCGAACCCUUUUGUGGGAAGCCCUCCCAAAGGACGAUCGGUACCGAAUGGCGUAAAGCAGGACUUGGAAAGUUCUGUCCAGUCCUCAGCACAUGACUCCAUAGCCAUUAUCCCACCUCCACAAAGUACCAAACCAGGAAGAGGCAGAAGGACUGCUAAGUCUUCAGCAAACGACUUGCUUGCUUCAGACAUCUUUGCCUCAGAACCUCCAGGCCAGAUGUCCCCCACAGGACAACCUGCAGUCCCGCAGUCGAACUUUCUGGAUCUCUUCAAAGGCAGCGCUCCUGCCCCAAUGGGGCCCCUUGUAGGUCUAGGUACGGUCCCAGUAACACCCCCCCAAGCAGGACCUUGGACGCCUGUGGUCUACAGUCCUUCGACAACUGUGGUCCCAGGAGCCAUAAUAAGUGGCCAGCCUCCCGGUUUUGGCCAGCCACUCGUUUUUGGUACAACCCCGGCAGUCCAAGUCUGGAAUCAGCCUCCGUCAUUUGCAACCCCAGCUUCCCCUCCACCCCCCACAGUUUGGUGUCCUACCACAUCUGUGGCGCCCAACGCUUGGUCAUCCACAAGCCCUCUGGGGAAUCCUUUUCAGAGUAAUAAUAUCUUUCCACCUCCCACCAUAUCCACUCAGUCCUCUCCUCAGCCUAUGAUGUCCUCUGUUCUGGCCACACCUCCUCAACCACCUCCCCGAAAUGGCCCACUAAAGGACAUUCCCAGUGAUGCUUUCACUGGUUUAGAUCCCCUUGGGGAUAAAGAGGUCAAGGAAGUGAAAGAAAUGUUUAAGGACUUCCAGCUGCGGCAGCCACCUCUUGUACCCUCAAGGAAGGGAGAGACUCCUGCCUCUGGGACUUCAAGCGCCUUCUCCAGUUACUUCAACAAUAAAGUUGGCAUUCCUCAGGAGCAUGUAGACCAUGAUGAUUUUGAUGCCAAUCAACUGUUGAACAAGAUUAAUGAACCACCAAAGCCAGCCCCGAGACAAGGUGUCCUCUCAGGUACCAAGUCUGCUGACAGUUCACUCGAGAACCCUUUCUCCAAAGGGUUCAGCUCAUCAAACCCCUCCGUGGUUUCUCAGCCUGCAUCUUCUGAUUCCCACAGGAGCCCUUUCGGAAAUCCCUUUGCCUAGCUUCUGAGGUUGUAAUGUUGACUCUCCAGAUGAGCAAAAGACUGGCUUUGUUAAGGAUGAAGCAGAUAGCCAGAAACAUGUUGACCUCUGUCCUUGCUCCAGCUUUGACGUUAUUAUCUGUUACCCUAUUUGUCUUGGCCUCUUGUACUUGUAAAAUGCCUUUCAUUUUUCUGUCUAGGCUAAAGCUAAACUUGAACUAUGGCUUUACAUAAAUUAAGCUCCUAAACUCUCUAGCUCCAAUAUAAAUGAAGUAACUUCCCUAUCAAAUCCUUGUCUGUUGUGCCCCUCGAAACUUCCAGAAUAUUCGCCAUUCUACCCUCCACUUGGGAGGAACGGCUACCUUUACCCUUAAUAUCACGCUGCCUUGAGUAAAUGUCCAAAUACUCAUAGUUCUCAAAGUCAUUUGGGGUUCCUGGUAUGCAGCUUAAACCUAAACAUCCUAUUAAUAGGGAAGUAAGACACCUAUGUCCACUCAGAAAGAAUUUUAUUUAAUAAAAUGAAAGCAAGACUAACUUCUCAAAUCCACCAUUUUGAGAUGGUCGUUUCUCAGCUAGUUGCACCAUUUACCAAUCCUGCCCCAAGUGGUGCUUACAUUUAACUUGAUGAAAAGAAAGGUCUAACUCAAAACAUAAAGCGUUAUUCAAAGCUAAUAAAACAAUUUCUCCUGGGGGCCCCACAUUGUUUUCAUUCCAGAUACUCUGCAGCUGUUUGACCCUAAUGACAUUAUGCCCUACAUUUUCCUUGAAGAUCAUGAUUUUAUUUCAUGUGAUUUUUGUUUCUCAAUAAAGAUGAUUAUUGUGUGCAUUACUAAAAAUAAUAAAAUAUAAUUUCUCUCAUUCUGGUGAUUUCUCCCAGGACCUAGGCUGUUCCCAUUUUUAAUCUCUUGCUGGCUGUUUUAAAUGAGAGGAAAGCAUUGUUUAUCUCUCCCUGUCUUUCUCUCUUUCUCUUUCUCUUUCAGUUCAUUUUGCUCCUGGGUUUAUAUAAACAGUGCCUCCCUUUUACCAGGAAUGGAUUUUUUUUUCACGGGGCAAAAAGCAUUAAAUGAUUCACAGAUCUCAAGUGCACACACCCACUCCAGUCAUUGUUAGUCCUGGGGCUAGACUUCUGGAAGGUGCACCAUCUUCAUUUUCCCUAUGGCUUGGGGGAUUUAGACUGAAAUUUCAUAGAGCAAUUUAACACAGUAGGGGAACUGGACUCUGCUUAGCAGUGAAGGACUAUAUUCUGAAAGUUAAACGUGACUGUGCUAAAAACACACUGGGUCCUUACUGGAUGACUUCAUCAAGUAACUGGAAAACUUUCUUGAAGCCAUAAUCAUGGACAAAUAUUUGGGGUUACCAUUGAAAAAUCUGCCUGCAAUAUUUUCCUCAUGGCCUUGGAAACCUACGCAGUACAUUUUCAUUUCCAGGCCUUUUGUUAUACAGAACUGAAGGGUUUGGUCCUGCCAUGUUGUGUUUUCUUUAGUUUAUGUUGAGUAAUUUUUUUCAAUGUUAUCUCUUGACCCAAAAAGCUCAGGUUCUUGUGGGUGUUAGUACAAUCUUACCUUUCGUUGGAAGAGAGUGACUGCUCAGGUUUUAAACAAGGCACUAGCCUUGUGAGCCUCUGUUGAUUAGCCCCCAAGUGAUCCAAGCUGAAGUCCUGUGGGUUUCUGUUUAAUGCUGGUCGUUAAUUAUCUUUGAUAUGUGUUUCUCUUUUCCUGUCUGACUUCCUACUCAGUCAUUAUAAACACAGACUUGAAAUCAUACUUUAAAAAUUCCAAAUACCCGAAGAUGUGCUAAAGUGAAGGUAACUCUUUCUAGAUAGUUGAAUUUUUGAAAGUGAUGAUCAGCCACACGACUGUUUUGUAUGUACUUGUCUUCUUGUGCACUUUUUCUGUAUUCGAAUAAAGCUAUAAAUUUACUCAUUCAAUAAA